AUGGCGCCCUGUCUGCCGGGACCAAGAGCCACCAGAGAAGAAGGCUCUUUCCAGCAUCAACAAGCGUGGAAAAACAAACGCAGGCGGCAUACAGCACCACUCCGGGCCCCUGCCCGCUCCGGGGGAGUACAGAGCUUGACCCCCAGGAAUGCCCGAAGCAGUGGACCUACAGAGCGGGCCCCUCUACAAGCCUGGG